AACAAAGAAAAGAUGAAAUGGAAACAAGGGCUUUUUCUGUCCUGCCUCACGACUUUUGUGCUCCUGAUUGUUCUUGAGGGAGGCGACACCAUGGUUGUGGAUUCAAACAAGAAAUCUGCAGCAGCUGGAGAACUGAACAAGGAAAGUAUGAAAAAUAGAGUCUUCAUGCAGGAAUCGGAUGCCUCUAACUUUUUCAAGAAGCGGGGCAAAAGAUCUACAAAAACCAGGGAUGAGCUCAAUGCGGAGACCCGCCAGAUGCUGGCAGCAGAUGAACAAAGGAGAGAAUACCAUGAAGAACAGAGGAAUGAAUUUGAGAACUUUGUUGAGGAAGAGCAUGAUGAGCAGGAUGAGAGAAGCCGGGAACAGAUUGAGCAAUGGCGUCAGUACCAUUAUGACGGCCUCUACCCAUCAUAUCUAUAUAAUCGGCACACUGUCUAGAACAAGAGUGGACUGCUCAAAGUAAUUAAAAAUGGGAAAUAACUGUUAGUAGCAGGCCUAUCAGAAAGCAGUAUCCCUCCCUAUUGAACCCAAUUCCUCAGCCCUUCUUAUAUCACCAUUUGCUUGUAGGUUGCUGUUUUGCUUUGCAUUCUGGUACUUUAAUAUGUAGAAGCUUCUGGGUUUUGUUUCACAGGCCAAGGUAAUGCAGAAGGCAUCAGUUCAUUCACACCUGCAUAUACUUAGAGUAUAUAUAUAUAGAUGCAAAAUGCUCCACUUAGAGCAAACGGGUAAGCUUUAUUCUAAAAUGAGCACUAUAUCCUGAGAUGGGCACUGAGAACAAAAGCCAGCUUGUGCUGUAUCUGGAGUAGUCAAAGUAUUUUAGAAUAUACGGCAUAUUUUUCUUUUUAAAAUACAUGUGUUUAUUAAAGGUAUUUCAGCCUCUUUUUCCUUGGUUACUUCAUCAUAAUUAGGAAACAAGCAUAUUUGAAACCAUGCAUCUACAAAUAAGUGAAAAAAAAUAGACACAUCUUUGGUUUUGCACCUGAUGUAUUAUUGACAAAAUUAGUUAGAAAUUAAAACAAGCAUUUAAAAUGACUCAGUCUGGGACCAAAUUCCUCACAUACCAAACAUUCUCUCUACACAGAAAACUAUAUUUCAUCAAGAAGGGUUGUUGCUUAUUUUUCCUUCCUGACAUGCUAAUUUACUAUAUGCAAGUAUUUCUUUGCAUAUAGGUUCAUUUCAUCAUGGAAAGAUGUGUGUUACCAUCUCAGCAAGAAGUAGACCUAAAUUAGAUUGUGAUGUAUGCAAAACACAGCAGACAUUUGCGUAGGGCAUCCUCCCUGGUUACUCCUGAGUAAGAGAGAGCACAUACUCCUGGCCAGAGAAUCCUUAAGUAUUCCCUGAGAACCAAAUUCUCAAGUCAAAAAUAUACUGCUCAUGACUCCACAGCAUCCAGUAACCAAUGACUUUGGCCCCAAAGGCAAAAAAGUUCCAAAAUUUCAAAAUUCUGUAAAAGUAGCAUCAAAAUUCUCCAUAAAGAAAAAAGUUAAAAAGCAGUAUCUUUAUAAAAUGCCACCUAAAGAUAUGUAAGCAAAUUUGUUUAAUCCAGUUCAUCAUUAUUCUGCUUUAGCUAGCAAUGGGUGGGCUGUGUUAUAUGAACAGCUAUACAAGGCACUGAAAUCCCAUAUUCCAUGGCUUUGAAGAGCUUA